AUGCAAAUGUAUUAUUUAAAGAGUUGUCUUGUGAAACAAAUGGUGGUUGUUAAGGGUUUUCUAUCAAAGUAUGAUUACAUACGGUAUUGUGCGUAUUUAGGAGAUAUUAGAUUCAAAAAAUGGACUGUUGAACGGGCAGAUAACGAAGAGAAAUUGAAGCGGCUAUCACGCAAAAGAUACGGUCACAUCGAUGUUGCUGCAUCACAUGUAAGAAAUCUUUCGUCGUAUAAACUCUCUGCAGUCGAAUUAGAUGUACUAUCUAGAGGUCCUAAAUUUGGAAUUCUCCCCCGUAAGUUAAAUAAAGAAGAUAUAUUUUUUGAGUUUAAAAUGUUUUGGUCGCAGUUGGGAAAGUUUCAGCCAAACGAUAGCGAAGCAGUGCCGGGCUUUAAGAGUAAACUAUCAAGUCUUGCACACGUUUAUUCUGAAUGCAAGGUUGAUUCGAAAGAAUUUUCUCUUACAAAAGAGCACAUGAUCGCACUGUCUAAUUUAAAUAAGAAUAAGAACAUUGUUAUAUGUAAACCAGAUAAAGGCUCUGGUGUAGUAAUUCUUGACAGAGAAGAUUACAACAGCAAAAUGCUAAAUAUUUUGAAAGACAACAACAAGUUUUGCGCGCUUGGAAAAUUGCCAGAGUGCGAUAAAACUAGUACAUUAGAAAGGAGAUUGCAAACACUUCUUCUAAACUUGAAAAAAUCAAACCAAAUUAAUGAAACUUUUUAUAAUUUAGUCCGCCCAACGGGGGCAGAGAGACGUAUGUAUGGUUUGCCAAAAAUUCACAAGGAAGGCGCUCCACUUCGACCAAUUCUAGCCAUGAUUAACUCAGCUCAACAUGAGCUAGCCAAACAACUGUCAGUGGUACUUUCGCCCGUUUUGGAGAGGUUUUCAACAUACGCUUUAAGGGACUCUUUUACUUUCACUGAUGAGCUUAAACAACAAAAUUUUUCAAUGCAUUCUAAUCUAACGGUGUGUUCUUUCGAUGUAACUAGUCUCUUCACUAAUGUGCCCCUAGAAGAAACCAUUGAAAUUUGUGCCCAAAAUCUUUUUCACUCAGACAUGACUUUGCCGGACAUGUCUGAGAAUGCCUUUAGAGAACUAAUGAUGGCUGCUACAAAGGGUGUAGAGUUUAGUUUUGAUGACAACAUGUAUAAACAUAUUGACGGGGUGGCUAUGGGUUCUCCACUUGGACCGGUUCUUGCGAAUAUUUUUGUUGGCUAUCAUGAAUGCAUAAUGCUUGCAUCUUCAGAUUGUCCGGAUGUGCUGUAG